ACGAAUGCACAGAGAGUAGGAGGCCAACGACAUUGGCACUGCGGGCCUCCGAAGCCAAGAGGUGACCCGGCCGGCUGGGCACGGCUGAGUGGCUGGGCGGAGCACGUGAUACUCCCAGCCUGCCUCCCGGGCCCUCUGGGUGCCUGAGGCUGAAAUCGACAUUUGCCUCUGGCAGGAAAAUGAGCUUGUCAGUUUCUGCCUCCUUCAGACCCUCAACCCAAAGGAGCAGGGGAUUUCGGUAGCAUUUUAACUUUGUAUCUCAGAAUCUGAAAGCCGAAGGCCAGGCGAGCUGCACACGUCGAGCAUAAAGCCCUCCCGAGGGAGGAUUUGAGGCCACUCGCCCCGGACCUCCGGGGACUUCCAGGGUCUUUCCCUCGACCCCGCGCCGACCUCCCGCCUCGCCCGAAGGCGUCACGUGGCAGCGUGGGGCCCGCCCCGCCGUGACGUCACGGCGCUCGCAGCCGUCGCGCUGAAGAAAGGAUGCUCUAGGAUGCUGUCCAGGUGGGCGGCCGAGCGGCGCGAUGCGGCACUGCAGGUGUAACUAGCAUGGUCAGUGCAGGAGCGAUGAGUGGCUCUGGAAACCUGAUGGAUUUCCUCGAUGAGCCGUUCCCUGAUGUGGGGACGUACGAAGACUUCCACACCAUCGACUGGCUAAGGGAGAAGUCACGCGAUACUGACAGACACAGGAAGAUAACCAGCAAAAGCAAGGAGUCGCUGUGGGAGUUCAUCAAGAGUUUGCUGGAUGCCUGGUCAGGAUGGGUGGUGAUGCUGCUCAUCGGCCUGCUGGCGGGCACUCUGGCUGGCGUCAUCGAUCUUGCCGUCGACUGGAUGACGGAUCUGAAGGAGGGGGUCUGCCUGUCUGCCUUCUGGUACAGCCACGAGCAGUGCUGCUGGACUUCCAACGAGACUACUUUUGAGGACAGGGACAAGUGUCCCCUGUGGCAGAAAUGGUCAGAGCUGCUGGUGAAUCAGUCGGAGGGGGCCAGUGCUUACAUUCUGAAUUACUUAAUGUAUAUCCUGUGGGCGCUGCUGUUUGCAUUUUUGGCCGUCUCCCUAGUGCGGGUAUUUGCGCCAUACGCCUGUGGCUCUGGUAUACCAGAGAUAAAGACUAUUUUGAGUGGCUUUAUCAUCAGGGGCUACCUGGGGAAGUGGACUCUGCUAAUCAAGACGGUCACCCUGGUGCUGGUAGUGUCCUCCGGCCUGAGCCUUGGGAAAGAAGGGCCGCUGGUGCAUGUGGCCUGUUGCUGCGGCAACUUCUUCAGCAGCCUUUUCUCCAAGUACAGCAAGAACGAGGGCAAGAGGCGCGAGGUGUUGUCAGCUGCAGCUGCUGCUGGAGUCUCUGUUGCCUUUGGUGCGCCGAUCGGGGGUGUGCUUUUCAGUCUGGAAGAGGUCAGUUACUACUUUCCCUUGAAGACCUUGUGGAGGUCGUUUUUCGCGGCCCUGGUGGCAGCCUUUACACUGCGAUCCAUCAAUCCCUUUGGGAAUAGCCGACUUGUUCUCUUUUACGUGGAAUAUCACACACCCUGGUACAUGGCUGAACUCUUCCCCUUCAUCCUGCUUGGAGUCUUCGGGGGCUUGUGGGGAACCCUCUUCAUCCGCUGCAACAUCGCCUGGUGCAGGAGGCGCAAGACCACCAGGCUGGGGAAGUACCCGGUGCUGGAGGUCAUCGUGGUGACUGCCAUCACUGCCAUCAUCGCCUACCCGAAUCCCUACACACGCCAGAGCACAAGCGAGCUCAUUUCCGAGCUGUUCAAUGACUGUGGGGCCCUUGAGUCCUCCCAGCUCUGUGACUACAUCAACGACCCCAACAUGACUCGACCUGUGGAUGACAUUCCAGACCGGCCGGCCGGGGUCGGGGUUUACACGGCCAUGUGGCAGCUGGCCUUGGCGCUGAUCUUCAAAAUCGUCGUUACCAUAUUUACCUUUGGCAUGAAGAUCCCGUCGGGCCUCUUCAUCCCCAGCAUGGCCGUGGGAGCGAUGGCGGGCAGGAUGGUGGGAAUCGGCGUGGAGCAGCUGGCUUACCAUCACCACGACUGGAUCAUCUUCAGGAACUGGUGCAGACCUGGGGCAGACUGUGUCACGCCAGGACUUUACGCCAUGGUGGGAGCCGCAGCCUGCCUAGGUGGAGUUACCAGGAUGACGGUGUCGUUGGUGGUCAUCAUGUUUGAAUUAACGGGUGGUCUAGAGUACAUCGUGCCCCUGAUGGCGGCGGCCGUGACCAGCAAGUGGGUGGCAGAUGCCUUUGGGAAAGAAGGUAUCUACGAGGCCCACAUCCACUUAAAUGGGUACCCGUUUCUCGACGUGAAGGACGAGUUCACGCACCGCACGCUGGCCACUGACGUCAUGCGGCCCCGGCGAGGAGAGCCGCCACUGUCGGUGCUCACCCAGGACAGCAUGACGGUCGAGGACGUGGAGACGCUCAUCAAGGAGACCGACUACAACGGCUUCCCCGUGGUGGUCUCCAGAGACUCCGAGCGCCUCAUCGGGUUUGCGCAGAGGAGGGAGCUGAUCCUUGCGAUAAAGAACGCCAGACAGAGGCAGGAGGGCAUCGUGAGCAAUUCCAUCAUGUACUUCACGGAGGAGCCCCCCGAGCUGCCGGCCAAUAGCCCACACCCCCUGAAGCUGCGGCGCAUCCUGAACCUCAGCCCUUUCACGGUGACAGACCACACCCCCAUGGAGACGGUGGUGGACAUCUUCCGGAAGCUGGGGCUCCGGCAGUGCCUGGUGACACGGAGCGGGAGACUUCUUGGCAUCAUCACCAAAAAGGAUGUUCUGAGACAUAUGGCCCAGAUGGCAAACCAGGACCCCGAAUCCAUCAUGUUUAAUUAACAACCAGGUGGCAAUUAUUUUGAGAAAAACACUAUGUCAUUUUAAAAGAAAUAAAUGAUGCAUCAUUAUCCCAAUGAAAAAUCAUGCGCUGAGGACGGCAGAAACAAAAGUUUUUGUUUGAAAGGAGGGGAAGAAGGAUAAAAUCUUUUUUACAAAAACAAAAACAUCCAUGAAUAGGCAUUUUAUAGCUUUAACCCCGUAUGAGUUUCAAACUGUGUUUCCUGAUGCGUUCCUGACUGCUGUGGGAGUCCGGGGGUGGGUGUAGGUGGUGUGGUCUGUACGAGGACGUGGAACACGAAUGCCCAGUCGAGAAACUUUUACCCCUUCUGCUCAAGGCUGAUGUUUGUAACUUACGAACACACGUGAAGCUUUGAGUCCAAAAGGCAAAGGGGUAUCAGCGUGUCAGUAUCCUUAUUUAUCGGUUCCUGAAGUUUUGCUGCUAUGUUACUGAGUCAGACGAAAGACAUUCAACACUUGCUUUGUUGGAAAAGAAAAAGAAAUUAAAUUUGAACACAGUGAAAGCUGUAAAUCUGCCA